AUGGCGACGAACCAAGAAUCAAAGCUCUUUGAGCAGUGCCGUAUCUUCAUCUUGUGCUCUCCCGAAAUUUCCCUUGAAACAGCGCAGCAGCUUGCAGCGGUGAUUGAAGAAAACAGUGGCGAACCGUCGAUCUUCCAAAACAGUCCCGAGAAAACGGACGUCAUCGAAUGCACCCAUAUCGUUUCUAGCACCAUCAACUUUCAAUCUUACGAUUACUUUUCCAACGCCCUGAUCCCAAUCGUCAAGCCCGCCUGGAUCCAAACAUCGCUUUCAAAACGCAAACUUGUGAACCCACGUCACUACAGCCCCGAUCCUCGAUUAUUCUUGAAUGAUGUCGUUGUGACCUGCGGCGACAUCCCGGAGGGCGACAAGGAUGCAAUUAUCGGCGGAGUGCUGGCGAAAGGCGGCUUAUAUAGUCCUAGACUUAGCGCCAUGGUCACUCAUCUGGUAGACUUGACUGCCGACUCGGAUAAAGCGCGCUUGGUAAAAGCCAAAGCAAUGCGCACCAAAAUCGUUUUACCCCACUGGUUCGAUGAUUGCUUAAAGCUUGGUCAGCGCAUUGAUGAAAAGCCCUAUAUGUUGCCAGACCCUGAGAUCUUACGCGCAGGGCCCAACGACCCCAUUCGAUGGAAUGAAAAUAGGGACGUUGCAGGCGCCUCGGCCCCUGCACCGCGUGAAAUGCCUACCCCCUCGAGCACGCCAAAUCAGCUCAAGGUUUUUGAGGGAAAACAGAUCAUGCUUUCACAAGAUCUCGAAAUUGGAUCACAUUUGCGACAAUCCAUAGAGGCGGUGCUCAACCAGAGCGGUGCCACCGUUACAAGCAAUGUCGAGGACGCAGAUUGGGUCGUUUGUAAGUUCCGAAAAGGAAUCGUGUACCGACUUGCAUCUCGCUUGGACAAAGUCGUCGGUAACCUUGCUUGGCUCUACUACCUGAUGACAUUCAACACAUAUACUCGUCCUUUGAGUCGACCUUUGCACUAUCCAGUCUCUCCUGACCCAAUUCCAGGGUUUAAGGGGCUGAAGAUCAGUCUUUCAAAUUAUGUUGGCGAGGCAAGAAUCUAUCUUGAGAAUCUGAUAGCGGCGUCGGGAGCGGAGUGCACAAAGACUUUGAGACAGGAGAAUACGCAUUUGAUCACUGCGCAUGGAACUAGUGAGAAAUGCAACGCGGCCCGGGAAUGGGGACUCCAGGUUGUCAAUCACUUGUGGUUGGAGGAUAGCUAUGCGAAAUGGAAAGAACAGCCGGUUUCUGAUCCUCGCUACAACCACUUCCCUUCGCGCACGAAUUUGAGCGAUAUUGUUGGUCAGAAAAUGUUGGACCCGGAUGUUCUUAGGCAAGUUUUCUAUCCUGAGGAGGGUGCUGGCUUGGUGCGGCCUAUGCAGGUCAAGGAUCAGAACACGACGCAAUUACCGGAUGAGGACCUCGAAGAAGAUGAGGACAACUCGUCUGAGACCACACAUGGAACCCCGCAACAAGCCAAGAAAGCUUCCCGCCAACCAUCCGAGAAACGAGCGCUGCAAACGCCAGCGCGAUCACGUCUCAUUCCUGAAAACAAGGAGAAUGAGACGCCUUCCUCCACCAGCAGCCGGAAAUCUAAGGACGCAGCUACAGCACGUCUACAUGAACUUGCCCCCGAUCUUGCUCUCUACGAAAAGGAGAGGAAGCGCGUUGGUGGUGUUGUCUAUGGAGGCAGACGAGUGUCUGACCCGGACCGGGUUAAGCUGUCGCAUAACCCCAAGAAGCGUCGCUCUGCAGAACCCCAAGAUGAGAGCGAUGACGAGCUAGCUGCAGAUACGAAGCGACAAAAGAGAAGCCGACCACCUAUCAGCAUGCACUUGAUGAUUACAGGUUACCAAAAGUGGGUUGGAAAAGGAAAUGAGAAAAAGGAAGAUGCAGACAAGCGUCACCUUCGGGAACUCGGUAUCAUGGUCGUGCAAGAUGCUCGCAGGUGCACACAUCUCGCGGCGCCCACAAUUCUGCGAACGACCAAGUUUGUGAAUGCGCUUGCAUAUGCACCUGUGAUUACAAGUACAGACUUUGUCACCAAUUGUCUACAGCAAGAUCAACUUCUCGACCCCGCUGACUUCCCUCUUGUUGACAAGGCAAAUGAGAAGAAGUUCAAAAUCUCCCUCAGCAAGGCGGCAGGAAAUGCCAAAAAGAAUAAGAACAAACUCUUGAGUGGCUACCGCAUCUAUUGCGUUGAAGACGUCCGCGGUGGCUUCGAAGCAUUCAAGUCGAUUGUCGAUGCGAAUGGAGGAGAAUGCUUGCUUUUCCGUGGUCGACUUGCCCUAGCCAACAACUCUCGGCGCGAGGAGAGUGACGAUGAGGAAAGUGAGGCCGAUGACGACAAUGAUGACCGGGUGCAGAACGAGGUGUUCUUGCUCAGUUCCACCGAGCCAAAGCAUGCUCGCCUUUGGCCUCGGUUUCGCCAAGUUGCGGGUGAUAUUAAGAAAAACCCCCGAAUCGUCCGUGUCGAUUGGCUUCUCGAUAUGGCCAUGUCGCAGGAGUUGCGCGCGGCAGGUGAAUAUGAGGUGACAGAGGACAUGGUCCAAGACGCAGACGACUGA